AUGGCUUUCUGGACGGCACCGUUCCGGGUCGAGCCUACCGUCGAUAGGGACGCCAAUAUGUUUUGGCAGGGGGCAGACGGGCUGCCGUCUGAUGCAUCGAGCGAUCUAUUCGGACAGUUUGUGGACUUUGACGGAGAUAGUAUUGCCAGGACUCCCGUCGAUGAUGGGCGUAGCGGGAACUCGACGAUAGGGAGCGUACCGGAUUCGUUCUUCAUGAACCAAGCGGCCACAGGCACUGCCUCUUCAGUCGUCUCCUCGGCUGACGAAUUCGAUUUCUUUUCCACCACUGCGGCAAACCAUGGCCUGGAUGCCCAGGAGCUUGCUUUCGGAGUAGCUGCCGAUCCGGCUACCGGCGGAGCUCAUCAAUUCAACCAUCUCAGUCGCAAGUCCAUGUCGGAGACUGAGCUCCAACGCCUUGAAAACAUCUCCCUCCACUCUCCGCAGAAGAACUCUUCUGUCUCGCGCCCGCCGUCUCCCACGCCGCCCAACACCUCUACCCGGAGGCCAAAGAAGCUGGUCGAGGCACUGUCCUCUACUAUCCGCAAGGCGACCACCCUUGGGAGAAGGAGCAGAAAGCAGCAGCAGCAGCAGCCUCCGAUAGAGAGGUCAGCGUCCCCUACACUAGACCAUCCUCCCAUGGCCAUCAAGUCUCGAGCCGCACGGAUGCACAGCAUAGCGCAGAGCAGCGUGAGCAGCGUCUCUCACGAGAGCCCCUCGCCCACAUCCUACGACCCCGGCGCCUCGUCCUUUAUACACGGCUUCUGCGAUGAUCCGUUUGCUGAGCCGCCAAGGGUAUACCACUCUCCGAGCAUGCAGUACUACAACCAUGGCGGCAUGGAUCCUACGCCCAUGCACUCUUCCAACCGCCGCAUCAAGAGCGAGCAGCAUCUGUAUCAGGCAGCUUCAAGCAUGAUGGGUUCCACCACCACCGUCGAUGCCACUUCUCAAGCUCCGCAGCAAGCUGGCUGGCAGCAGCAAAUGAUGACGGCCUCGGCGCCGGAGCCUUGGGGCAGCACCGACUACGGGGCGAGUCAAGAUUCCGCCUGGUGGGAUCUCAACAUCAACGCCAGCAUGAACCAGGCCAUGCAUUCGCAGCACGGGGAGUUGCCAUAUGAAUACGCCCCUAUACCAGACACGGGGGCCGCAGGCCUUAUGAUCCACAUGCCCCAGCCUCGGCCCCCGCAGCCUGCCGUCGUCAACGACAUUGGGCUCACCGCGCAGACAUAUCUGCCGCCGCCGCCACCCAUCCCAACCGACCGCUGCAGCCGGCCUCCACGAGCUCCAUCCUCGGGAGCCCGUCAUCGCAACCUGUCGUCGUCGCCCAUGCGCAAGACCCGCGGUCCCUCGGCCUCGCCCACGCCCGCGCAGGCCCAGAUGCGCAACCAGUCCCGGCACAGCUCCACGGGGUCCAUCUCCUCCGUCCGCAGCGCCUCCGGCCGAGGCCCUGGGUCCGCGCCAAACACGCCGGGGGGCGUCCGCAAGCGUAGGUCGCGGGACGCCGGCGCUGGAAGCGGCAUCGGCCUCGCGGGCGACGGCAUAGGCUUUGUCAAUUUCACGCCCAACGACGGGAGCAUCCUGAUGACGGGCGUGGCGCCGAGCGGGAGCUCCAAGACAAAGGCCCGGCGGGAGAAGGAGGCCCAGGAGAAGAGGCGGAGGCUGAGCGAGGCGGCGAUGAAGGCCGUGGCUGCAGCGGGAGGAGACGUGGAUAAGUUGAUACAAGAGGGCUUUGUGUUUUAA